AUGCCGAGGUACCCCACAGAAGGUGCAAUUGGAAUGAAGGUGCUAUCUGAUCCUUUGAAUGCUAACCUGGACAUUGUUUUAAUCCACGGAUUAACCGGCAACCGCGAGAGAACAUGGACUCACGAAAACGGAACCUUAUGGCCCCGAGAUCUUCUCACCAAAGACUUAUCCACGGCACGCAUCAUGACAUUCGGCUACGACGUCGACAUAUUCAGCUUUACCUCGAUUACCUUCUCCGACCGACUCUACGACCACAGCCAAUCCCUAGCCUAUGCAAUAGUCAGCCAACGAAUCGACUGCUCAAACAGACCCAUCCUAUUUAUCGCGCACAGUCUAGGCGGGCUGGUAUGCCAGCAGGCCCUGAUCCUCAGCAAUUCCAUAGACGGACUAUGGGCGAUAUCAUCCAGCGCCAUCGGGAUAAUCUUCAUGGGCACACCGCAAUACGGAUCUUCGCUCGCCUCGUACCGAGAAAAACUCGCAAAAGGAAUGAACAUAGUCCACACCGCAAACAGAGAUAUGGUCGGUGCUCUCCAUCCAGGUUCGAACAAUGUGCAACGAGUUGGGAAUGAGUUUCAGGCUAUGCUUCGUCGCGGAGACCUCGCCCUCAAGGUCUUCUGUUUCUACGAAGCGAGGAAUAUGAAUGAUGUAGUAGGAAAGAUCGUUGAAGAGCACUCGGCGGUUCUGCGGGGCUAUGAGAGCUGCAGCAUCGAUGCUGAUCAUUACAAUAUGACGAGGUUCAGUGGUCAUGCAGAUGGUGGGUAUGGGCUUGUGAGGUCGAUCAUUACAGGGUGGCUUCAUGAGUCCCGUGGUGGUGAUGCUGCUGCAAAUAAAACGGCCAUGGCAGCUCCUCUCUCUGGAAAUCCUGCUUGGUUGGGGUCUUGGACUCCAGGGAAUCUUUACUUUAAUGGAACGGCAAAUUCGCAGAAUCUCGCUUAA